AUGCCUCCCAAGAAGGGUCAGCGUAAGUCGAUGCCUGCGCGCAUAAAUAAAGCGCCUACAUUGACACCCUCUCGGCGCUCACCCCGAGUACCUCCCCCGUCAAAAAGUACAAAUGAGAGCGUUCAACCCGCCAAAACGUUGAACCUUACAUCCGCCUCUCCGCCAGACAAUUCUAUCAAUAUUCGUUUUUACACUCCAACCCCACCUGUUCCAAGUCCUAGUUCACGUGGCACGUCUCCUGAAACACCAUCUUCACGCCGGAGAGCCUUUCAAUCUCGUCCGUCACGUCUUUCAACUGUACACACUCCAGCCCUAGAAGCCCCGGCCACCACCCCGGGGAGUCGACGGACAAGACGAACAGCUGCGCUUGAAACACCGAAGCCAGCAGUCUCGGAUAUCGACUUUCCAGAUAGCUCUGUCAACGCCAGCUGGACGGUUGACCAGUACAUGGGUAGCUUUGAAUCUGAAGGAACAGUUGACGGUCCCUCAAGCCCUACUAGUGCUCCCGACAUGCGGAACUCAUCCCGGGUUCGCAAACCCACCAUGAGGGCCAUUGAAUCUUUCGAAUCAUGUAAGAAGAAACCUCGCCGCAAUAAUACGAUUAUGUCCACCCCGACCGUGGAAACUCCUCCCCCCGUGGCCACCAAGGUUGUGAAGAACAAUGUGUCGAAAAAGCCUACACCUAUGAAGACAACCAGAAAGUCAAAAAGAAUGUCCAAUUUGAACAUGCGAAAGAAUGCUGUUUUAAUCGGUUUCGAUAUUGACCCGAAAUUGGCUGGCAAACGGCUGUAUGACUUGACUGUUCAGGCUCUCAGCCCUGAGUUCACCCUCCCUUUGAAUUUCUCCGUGCUCUGGGAGCAGCAGCGAAAUGAAUACUUCCGCCUUCAAGAUGAAGAGAAAUAUGGCACUGACAUGUCCGCCACCAAGCCCAACUCGCCGAGUGAUAUUGAUGUUGAUGAUGAUAUCGAUAUGAUCAACCAAGACCCCCCAGCGCCUGAAAUUGCUCCUUCUCCUCCUACUCCACCCACCACAGUCAUUGAGGGCUCAAGCAUCUUGAGCUACAAAAAGCAGUCUGACACCAAGGUCAGCAGCGAUGGCUGGAUUCAGACUGGCUACGUUAACUCCAGCGGUGAAGAAGUCUCUCUGAUUCCCGACAAAUACCACCCCUAUUAUCCAGCUCAUACUUACGGCUCCGAGGGUCUUCCUUUCCCACCCGUGCGCGCCAGAAACAGCCAGCAGGCCGAGGCCGACAUCUCUCACAGCUUCGCUCCUCUCAUGGGAGACCGUAAUCUCCCAUCCCACACUAAUUCCCCCUUCGUCACUGAAAACGUGGAAGAGGAGAAGGCCAGGGCUCUUGCUCGAACCCCUGCGCCAGCUCCUGCAACCAAGAAGCCCCGUGCCCGAAAGCGCCGUCAGACCGCGGCCGCACAUGCCGCCGAUGAGCCCGCUGCAGCUGCCCCCGUCACCACUACCGAGACCGGGACCGGUGGACGCAAGUCACAGCGUCGCCGUCGCCAGACCGCUCCUGCUGCUGCUGUUCUUUCUCCUACCUCUCCUACUUCUCCUCCGACUACUGCGACAAAGGUCCAGUCCUCGGGCCCGGCUGCCGCCGUCACCACCGUUGCUACCGAAGGCGAUAAACCUAAGGUGCAGCGGCUCCGGUUGACCUUGAAGCCGGAGUCCAAGACUGAGACCCCCGGGAAUGAGGCCUCUGCUUCCAAGCAAGCCCCCGCCGUGCAGCCCCCUUCCUCCCCCGCCCCCUCACGUGCGCCGUCCCCCGCACCUACUAACAAGCGCCGCCGCCGCCGGGGCGUGUGA